AUGAGAAAGAAGAGAACGACACCAUCGAUUGACACACACGUGAAAACCAAAGACGACGACGACGUGAAUUCAUUCUUUCCACCAAAAGAAAAUAUAACGAACAUAGUAUCCAACGAAGACAUUUGGAGUGCAAGAGACGCGAUUGACGUUGUUGGUGAGAGAGUUAAACCCGCGGAGUGGAGUAUUACUCAACUGAGACAGUAUUGCACGAACUAUAAGAAUGCAAAUAGUAAGCCAGAGAACCACUUCUUGUGGAUCGAUAUUGAAUCGCCAUCAAAAGAAGUGAUGAUAGCGAUUGGGAUGUUAUUUGAACUCCACUGUCUCUCUGUUGAACGAUGGCUUGACGAAGAUCAACGUGAAGCUGUUCUGAUAUAUCCGUACUACUACGAAAUUCUGACAAAGAACAUUGAAUACCACCCCUUCACUGACAUCCUUAGAAUAAAGAACACGCGAAUCACAAUCAAGAAACGAGUCAUCAUAACUUUCCACCAACGGAACGACAACGUCUUCGAUAUGGUCAAAAAGACUUUUGCGACAAACAGAAGCAUAUCGCCCGAAAUCAUUUUGUUCCAAAUCCUCCACCAGAGCAUCAUGCAGUUUGCGGAGUGGGUCAAAAUCAUAUCCGAUGAAAUAGAGGUGCAACAAACGAUGCAACUGCACGUCUUGAAGAAUGAACAACUCGGCUUCAUAGCUCGGAACAAAGUGUUGGAAGACAAAAUAGAAACGUUACUCAGCUGUUUGAUUGCAAAGAAGACAAUGCUCAGAUUUUUAAUACGAUCAAGCAAAAAGAAGGCUUUCAGAACAAUCAAAGACACCUUUGAGGUGAUGCUCAGAGAUGCAUAUUAUGACUUUGCGAGUGUGUAUCAACGCUUGAAAAGGGUGAAAGAAUUGAAUGACUUCUGUUUCAAUAUAUACAACGUGAGACUUACAAUAGCGUCGACUUUUACAGAACGAGAGACAAGUAAAUACAUCCAAGUGUUCAACUUCAUCUCACUCAUAUUCUUUCCAAUCACACUUGUUGUGAACUCCUUUGGGUGCAAUAUUAGAGUCCCGUGGCAGAGCGACUUGGUCAAUGAACAAGAACCCCGCACGUUCUUUUACAUCAUGCUCGGGUGCCUUGGGUUGUUGAUAUUACAACAAAUAGUAUUUAAGAAGUUGAAGUGGUAUUGA